AUGGUUGUGGUCAACUUCACGCGAGCCUACGACUACCACACACACAAGGAGCACUGCCUUAAUCUCCACUACUACACUCACUAUAACGCGUACCUCUGGAAUGACGAGCGGUGUGCAGAACAUUGCUACCCUAUCUGUGAACAACCAAACCCAUGGAUACGAUUCACCCAUAAACCUUAUGUUCCUACCGCCACCACCACCACUUCUACCUCCAAGACCACAACCUCAGUCCCUUCCACCACCACAAAUACUGCCCUUCCACCGACUACCAAGCACUUACAAAUGGUGACACUGCCGCAGCACCCACAAACCUCUCAGCUUACAAACUGUCAAAGCGGAUGGAUCAGAUUUGGUUUCAGUUGUUAUCUUUUUGCUACAGACAUCUCGUACGACUGGAUUGAAUCAGGGGUAAAGGAUGAUUGUAUCGCUGGUAAAAUAAACGAAUAG